AUGGCUCUGAUAUAUGAUCUACGACUGACCUUGAACCUAUCCGAAUUAGGGGUGGGUAAAACUGCGUUGGUAGAACGCUUUCUCCGCAACACCUUCAACCCCGCAACUGCCUCAACCAUCGGCGCGUCCUUCGUCACCAAGCGCGUUCUCGAUUCCACCUCGGACACCGUCGUCAGACUCCAAAUAUGGGACACAGCUGGCCAGGAGCGCUUUCGCAGUAUUUCCAGAUUAUAUUACCGGUCUGCCAGCGCGUGUCUCUUGUGCUAUGAUAUCACCGAUGAAUCGAGCUUUGAAGAAAUGGCCGGCUGGCUUCGCGAACUUCGCAAAAACACCACAAACGAGGACGGUACCGACUCCCUCGUCAUUCAUGUCGUAGGCACCAAGUCCGAUCUCGUCGCCGAGGAUCCCUCCCGUCGCCGCGUCCCCUUCGAACGCACUAUCGCAUACGUCGCGGAACAACUAUACCCUACUCAAGCAUCGACUCCUCCACCGACAGCGACAGCUAUGGGCGGGCUAGGAUUUGGGUCUGGUGUCUUUGGCGGGAGUGGAGGGAGCGCAUCGAAUGCCAGUGCCAGCGUCGCAGCGCUUCAGAGUCCCGAUUCGAAACGAAGCUCUGCGUUCUGGGGCCAGGAGAUCGGGUGGGACUGCUGUCAUGAGAUCAGUGCGCGGGAUGGUGAGGGUAUCGAUGAAGUUUUCCGUGUUAUCACGCGGAAGCUGGUUGAGCAGCGCAACCGGCGAGAUAAUGAACUUACGUUCUCGGCUGCGGCGACACCCAGUGUGAAUGGGACGAUUGGUCCGUUUAGUCCUGGGUUUGUGGAGGGGACGGGGAGUUUCCGACUUGGGCAUGGUGAUAAGAGAAGGAGCUGGUUGGGGAUUGCAACACCUAGUGUUGGUAAUGCGGAGGAAGUGCAGGUUAUGCAUACGGCAAAGAAUAAGGGGCGUUGUUGCUGA